CGUCGCGGGCUGAGGCGGAGGGACGGGGCCAAGAUGGCGGCGCCCGUCCUGCUGCGGGUGUCGGUGCCGCGCUGGGAGCGGGUGGCGCGGUCCGCCGUGUGCGCCGCCGGCAUCCUGCUGUCCCUGUACGCCUGCCACCUGGAGCGCGAGAAGGGCCGCGACAGCCACUACCAGGCCCUGUGCGACCUCAGCGAGCGGGUGCGCUGCUCCGCCGCCAUCACCUCCAGAUGGGGUCGAGGAUUCGGUCUCUUGGGUUCCAUCUUUGGAAAGGACAGUGCAAUAAAUCAGUCCAACAGUGUUUUUGGCCUGGUGUUUUAUAUACUACAAAUGCUACUUGGUAUGACAGCAAGUGCAGUAGCAGCUCUGAUCCUCAUGACAUCCUCCAUAGUGUCUGUAGUAGGGUCCCUGUACUUGGCAUACAUCCUGUACUUCGUGCUGAAGGAAUUUUGCAUUGUCUGCGUGCUCACAUAUUUGCUGAACUUCAUUCUCUUUAUCAUCAACUACAAACGACUAGUUUAUUUGAACGAGGCCUGGAAGAGGCAACUCCAACCCAAACAGGAAUAACCCCUGCUGGAACUUUUGACUGACAGUCUGAAGACCCAACUUCCAUUAAGUUUAUUUUGCAGUAAUUUUUUUAUUCUCCAUAUCAGACACUUUUUGCCCCCCUCUUUCCCCCCCCCCCCCCACCACGAGAAUCAUAAUGGA